AUGGACUUAUGCGAGACAGGAGAGGCGAAGGAGAGGCGGAUAAUUGCUUUGGAUGCUCAACUAUGCAAGAGUAGGGAAAACUCACUUGGGAAACAGGAGCGUGUUGAGCUCUCGGAGAAGAUCCAAGAACGCUACGGUGCCGGUCAUAAUCUUUAUACUAAGGAGCAACUGACCAGUCUGAUGAAGCAGAUAGCCAACAAGACCACACCUUGCCGGAUCAUUAUUAUGAACGGCAAGAUGACCGAGGACUAUGAUGAUCCAGAGCGGUGUUUUAGGGAGCAACUUGAACAUCUUUCCGAAACUUUCUUGCUCUGUCGACUUGGAGCACGCAGUACUGCCUUGUCCACAGACCUCAGCCCAAGACGCCGUGGACGUUGUGAAGACACGUGCGGGUUUCGAGGAGCAAGAGACGGCUUCGGAGGCAAGUCUGCAAUCUGGGACACUCAAAAAUAUUCUGUCCUCGCCCCGACCGCCAGCGAGAUGAACAAGAUCGUCUCCUUCGGUCUGGGCGACCUUCCUGAUGACGAACAUGCCAAAUCUGAACAGUGUCAGGAUGACAGACGAAACCGAAACCAGCACGAAGCCGUCUUGACGAUGGCACGAGUCCUGAAAGAGCGACUGGGGUUUUUCGAUGCCAACGAUUUGACGCUGGUCUUUAGUGUCUUUGAAGGCAUACCCGUCAAGCAGAUCAUUGCGGACCUGGCUAGGGCGGCCAUUGUCAUCUGGGUCAUUAUCAUGUUGCCUGGGGAUGGGGGACGGGGCUGGGUUCUUAUGAAGCACGGUGACAACGAAACAUGA